GAGACGAGCAGGAAACAAGAAAAAUCUAAGGCUUCGUUGUACUUACCAAGAGAAUUCAAACAAAAAGUCAUGAUGAAACUUUCUCUGGUUUUCGUUGGGGUGGUGCAGCUCAGCCUGAUCUUGGCGCACACUUCUUCUCGUUGCAAGAAUUGCUGCACCCACGGUCAUGAUGGCAAGAACGGUGUUCCAGGAAUUCCAGCAAUUCCCGGAAAACCAGGAACUCCGGGGAACUCUGGAGAUGUUGGACGGGAUGGCAGGCCGGGAGCACCUGGACCCAAGGGCCCUCCAGGACCUAAAGGAAGUAGGGGACCCAUGGGUGUACAGGGCGGGACCACACACGUCAAUUGGAAGCAAUGUGCGUGGAAAAAAGAAGAUGCACGGGACCAUGGAUUGUUGAAGGAUUGUGUUUUUCGCAAGAGACACCAGAAUACGUCACUCCGUGUACAGUUUGUGGGAACACUUCGAAUCUAUAACUGCAAUGGUUGUUGCAAGCGCUGGUUCUUUACCUUCAAUGGCGCUGAGUGUAACGGUCCCCUCACCAUCGAAGGAGUGAUCUACAUGGAUAAAGGCACAGGAGCUAAUAUCCAAAACCUCCACCGGGUGAGAGUGAUAGAGGGCUACUGCACCAACAUACACAAUGGCACCAUUCGCGUCGGCUUCAACGUCGGUAAUUGUGCUGGUUAUGGUAAUGCUGACGCACACACCGGGUGGAAUGCGGUCUCGCGCAUCAUCGUGGAGGAAGUCCCCCCUCAGCAGAGCUGAGAGUAAAGUAUCACAAACGAUAAAGAAAUAUAAUAGGUGUUGUGAUGUAAGAACCACCAGCAAUAAACAUAAUAGAUAAGGCAA